CACACACUCACUACAUCACGACUGCAGUCUUGCCUUCCUCUGUUCUUUAUCCUGUUACUCUCGGGAUAAAUCUUUUGCCAUCUCAUUUCCAUAUCUUAAACCAUCACUCUUUAAGACUAAAGAUGCUUUCGCACACUACUCUUCUCGGUCGACUUCAGAUGAAUGUUACUCACCUGUGACCCGACGUCCGACUCAUCCCACAGCUGUGCGUCUCAAUCUUUGGAUUACGCAUAAUUUCGCACGCGCCAACAGAAAUAAACAUCUAUCACGUAGCCAGUGAAGCAAUUUAACCCAACCCCGCUGUUCUCGUCGCACUGUUGAUAUCGCCCAACAGAAGAAUGACAGGUCACGAUAAAACCUCGCUAUAUGCGAAACAUUACAACCCCAUUGAUGAGGUCCACGAAUUGGUCAGUAAAUACGAAUUGAUACAACACCCAAGCGCCGCACUCCACCACAUCAAGCGCGAUGCGGAUUUCUACGGCCUCUUCUGUGAAAUCAUUGAGCGGCAGAUCAGCAUUAUCAUGAGCCGCUCUCAGGCAUUUGAUGACGGCCAUGUUACUGUCUAUGACAAGUGUUUGCUUGCCCUCUGUCGAAAUGGACAGUAUAUCGACAGCGUUAGCGGUCAAGAGCUCUACAUUCGAGAAUUCAUGGGAAUCGACCCGAACGCUCCUGAACCAGCAGUUGAAGAGAUUAUCGCUAAGCAUACCUGGACGAAGGGUAUACUUGCAAAAUUCUCUCAACCUCGCACCAACGCACUCACCGCAGCCGAAAUCGUGGCCGUCAAAACCGAAGCUGUGACCGCUAUAGACUCUUCACCGCAAAACUCCGGCCCAUUCAGUGACUCAUACAUAGAGAGCUACGAAAUCCCCAACACCGGAAACCCCGUCAUCAAUGAGCACAUAUAUCGAUUGAUAGAGGUGUACUUUGAAGCAAAGUAUGAAUUCUACAAACUCAAAUCUAGCGAUUACCAGGAGAACGCUUCUGCAGCCAAGUAUCUACGCGACAGUGCGGAAAACGCUCUGAAUUACAUCAACAUGCACCGAUUGACCCCUGAGGUUCUGAUUCGAGAACUGGAAACGGUAAGCGACUAUGCAAAUACUAAGUCUGUUGAGUUUUUGGGAGGCAAGAAGAGGCGAUUCGAGAUUCGAAAGGAUUCCUCGAGAGGAGAAAGACCCAUGAGACGUCCAAUGCACCACCGCAGUCCUUCACCGUACUACAAAGGCCAACGUGGCGGUUAUAGCAGGGAGAGAUAUCGACAUAAACGUGGACGCCGUGAGUGGUGAUGCUUGCGAUUGACGAAGUAUUUUCAAGCCUCCAGACAGGCAUAUAGAGGAUGAACGGGUUGGUGGAGAUGGUAUUGAAGAGAGGGAU